AUGACCGCCGCUGCCAACUCCGGCGACCGCCGGAGCCCGAAAGAAAUCUUUUUCGAUGCCUCCGCUGGUGCCGCCGCGGGUGCUAUUGCAGCUACAUUUGUUUGUCCAUUGGAUGUGAUAAAGACCAGGCUUCAAGUCCAUGGCUUGCCUGAAAUGAACGCUUCUGGCACUCGAGGCAGUGUUAUUCUUGUCAGUCUGCAAAAUAUAAUCCGGAAUGAAGGUAUGAAGGGACUGUACCGUGGCCUCACGCCCACAUUGACAGCAUUACUUCCGAAUUGGGCGGUAUAUUUCACAGUUUACGGGCACCUGAAAGAACUGCUACAUUCAUAUGAGGGUAGGAAGGACCAGCUUACAAUUACAUCAAACAUGAUAGCUGCUGCAGGAGCUGGUGCUGCAACAUCCAUCACUACAAAUCCUUUGUGGGUUGUUAAGACAAGACUUCAAACACAAGGGAUGAGGCAAGGUGUGGUUCCUUACAAGAACAUAUUUUCUGCCUUGAGACGAAUAGCUCAUGAAGAAGGAUUUCGAGGAUGGUACAGUGGUCUUCUGCCUUCUCUCGCUGGAAUCAGUCACGUGGCUAUCCAAUUCCCGGCAUAUGAAAGAAUAAAAUUCUACUUAGCUAAACAAAAGAAUAAAAGCUGUAACGAGCUCAACCCUUGGGAAGUUGCUAUUGCCUCGUCUGUCUCGAAAUUAGUUGCUUCCGUGUCGACUUAUCCUCAUGAGGUUAUCCGUUCAAGGUUGCAAGAACAAGGUCAAGUACGAAACACAGAACUGCAAUAUGAAGGGGUGAUUGAUUGCAUAAAGAAGGUGUUGAGAAAGGAAGGUAUUCCCGGGUUUUAUCGUGGGUGUGCCACUAAUCUCUUGAGAACAACACCCUCUGCUGUAAUAACAUUCACCAGUUAUGAGAUGAUACACAAAUUCUUACUACGCAUAUCUCCCCCAGAGGAUAAGCCCAGCCCUAAAUCCGGAGGUGGAAAGGAAAAUGUGAGGCCUGGAGAAAAUAAUACGUUGCACGGAUCCGUAAACUCCUCUAACGAUAGAACUAAUCUUGUUGGAGAUGAUAAACUGGUUUUGGGGGACUGGCAUGACAUGAAGAGGGCAAAUAAUUCCUUCUCCCCUUUCAAGGAGUUCAUCGCAAAGAUGGAGAUGAAUGAAUUUGCCUGGAAAGGUUAUGCUUUUACGUGGGAUAACAGAAAAGAAGGUGAAGGCUAUGUCGAGGAGAAAAUGGACAUAGUCUUUGGGUCCCUAAGCUUCUUGGCGAAGUACUCUAAUGAAUUUGUCUCUAAUAUCUUCAGGAGAAAUUGA